CGGCGCGCGGGGCGGAGCUUCGGGAAGGAGCCGCAGCGCCUCAGGCGCCAGCCGACUGGGCGAGCGGCCGGGCCUGUGCUCGAAGGGCGGGGUCUGGGGCGGAGCGCGGCGACCAUGCGGGCGGCAGACGCAGACGCAGGCGGCCCGGCGGGCGGCGCCGACAACAGCCUGGAGGGCCAGGGCCAGGGCGGCUGUGGCGGCCUUUGCAGCGCAGGCACGGAGGCCGCGGUCGCCGGCGCAGCUCCGCGUGUCCCGCGACCACAGCACGCCCCGGGGCCAGGCGGAGAUGCCCUCUCCACGACCGGAAGGCCGGAAACCCGAAUACACACUUUCGCCCUCAGCGUGCCUUUCCCGUCCCACUUGGAGGCGGAGAUCGCCUGUGCGUCCUUGGCCCCAGAUCGCGAACCGCACGGAGGCAUCGUGGAGAAGCAGCUCACCGUAACUGACAGCGUCCUGGCCAUCCGCUGGAGAGCUGAAAACUCUCGCCUCCUCCGAAUUUCCAUCAUCAACUUUCUUGACCAGCUUUCCCUGGUGAUUCGGACCAUGCAGCGCUUCGGGCCCCCUGUUUCCCGCUAAGCCUGCGCUGGCGAAAGGGGGCUAAGGUCUAGCCUCGUGUCCCCGUCUGGGCGGUCCGUCCUUCCUAGGGCAGUGAUUCCUGCACUAGCUGCCACCUGAGGUGGGGGGCCUGCCUGGUCUUCUGAGGGCAAUGAGGGCCCGAGCCCUUGGGCACUCAUGGUCCCCUUGUGUUGUUUGCCAUUUAAAUGUUUGCUACUGCAGAAAAUAAAAGUGAGCUUUGCU